CCUAGGUACGGACCGAGAUAGCCUUUCAGCUGCUAGAGCUGUGUAGUUGACGAAUCAUCCGUGUUACCCCGGAGUUCAUCAUCUCAACCAUCCUAUCAAAACUCGGAACCAUUUAAUUGCGAAUCGUGGGUAAUCAGGCACCCCUGGUUACGCCGACGUCAUGUUAGUAUGGCCCCAUACGUCAAUCGGUGUCGCCUCAAGGUCCCCGCAUCACGAAUUCGGAUCACGAUAGGAAGGGCAACUAUUUCGAAUGUAAGAUAUAUUUAGAGAUUGUCGCCUCUUUUACAGUUUUUAUCUUUAAUCAUCAAUAAUCAUCUCACGAACACUACACACUGUAACCAGACGGAAACGAAUCGUCAUGUAUACGAAAUUCAUCUUCACCACCCUUGCCUUAGCAGGCAGUCUAGCAUCCGCAACCUAUGCCCCGGAGCCCAUUAAGGCGGCGGAACGCAAUGUAAAACCGCGCCAAACAUCAAAUCCCGGAGGCCCCGUUGAGUCUCUAAGCUCCGCAGCCGACCAGGGCACAACCGGCGUCCUGUCUAUUCAAACCGACACGUCCGUUUCCCUUUCCAUUCAAACCGAUACUUCUGUUUCCCCCACUAUCCAAACGGAUACAGUAAUCAGUAGCAUCACCAGUGUUGUCUCCCCUACGACUUCGGGAUCCGAUACCCAAUCGCCCACAACAGAGACUUCCGGCGCAUCUUCAUCUGAGGCGUCUUCUGUUUCCACAUCCAGCUCUGAUGCGGGAGCAGCAUACCCACAAGAAACAGGUUUCGCAUUAGCUGCAGCAGCGGCAGCGGGGCUCGUUGGUAUCGUAGCCGCAUUGUAAUAAAUACAAUAAAAGAUGAGUUAUCAUGUACCAUACUCUGGUCCUGGAAUCACCUAAUGAUAUACACGUUUAUGAUAAUUCAGACGAAGAUAUGAUCAAGCAAAUUGUCUAAGAUGGGUAAAAUCCAAUGAGUACAAUGAGAUCUAGAAGGUCAAUAUGGAUUUAUGUACUAUCAUCAGGUAGCUUACGAAGACUCAUAUAUGUUUUUAAUCAUUAUUCGCCCUCAGUUUCACAGGUAUCGCGCGUAAAUACA